AUGGACUUGAAUCUCUUGAAAUGGCAACUGCUUCGUGGCCCGAUUGUGAGGCGUGUGUUGUUGAGGGCCUUUAUGCUUGUUUUAGCACUGAUUGUUAUCUCUAUGAUGCAAAUUGCCCGUGAUGUUCGAUUAAUCGAGCCGAAUUUGUCGAACAUAGACGAAUGCCCUUUGAAUGUGGGCCCGAACCCCGGUCUCAAUCGAACUCAUAUGUCGUCGGGUUUCCCAUUUCCUGUGUUCGUGGCUCCUGCCGCAGCAGCUUGCGUAGAAAGUGAGAAUAUGGUUAGAGCUGUGUUUGAGGAGUUGAUGGGGAAGAAGCUCUUGCAAUCGAGUGCAAGAGCAUUGUGUGUUGGGGAGGGAUCUUCCUCGGCUGUCGUGGCGUUGCGUGGUCUGGGAUUGACCCACGCCUUCGGUGUUGACAAGCACCCCUUUUUCUCCCUUUUCAAGAGGAGAUUCGUGUAUGAGCUCGGCUUUGAGGAUAGCAGUUUCGACUUUGCAUUCUCGAGAGAUCUUGAUAGGGUCUCUGUCCCGGCUCUCCUAGUGCUGGAGAUCGAGAGAGUAUUGCGUCCGGGUGGGACUGGUGCUAUGCUCGUGGGAGGCCGGAGGAUUUACUCAGGCGGCCUGGUUAGGUCUGCUGCUACUGUUGCAUCGUUCUUGAAGAGCUCUGAUGUGGUCCAGUUAUGUGGUUUUGGUUCUUUCUCUGUGGUGGUAUUCAAGAAGAGACUUGAAAAAUCUGCUUCUUUUGAGGAGUUUCGACUCCCUGCUGAUUGUCCGUCGGUUGCAACGAACAAGCCCUUCAUGAAGUACAUCGAGCCCCUUAGAUCCGGGCUAGUCAAACCAGAGCUUUCGUACCUACCAGACUUGAUGAACAUUUCCUCGAGGAACAAAUUGGUCUUCAUCAACAUUGGGGCGGGGGAGUUUGCAAAGAAGAGCAUUGCAAAAAUAUCUAAAAACUACAAGUCGAACUCCAACCACCUUGCACCUCUGCAGAAGUUCGUUGUCGAUCAUAAAACCUCGGUCCUAUCAUCUUACGUAACGGACCCUGGUACCAACUUCGUGUACUAUCCUGCUCUUGGUGGAGAUGCUGCUGCUACUGUCACAGAGUUGAGCUCGGACGAGCAUCUGGUUGCGCCUUUGCACGAUGAAGCCUUCGACUUUAUUAGCUGGUUCGAUGGAACAGUAGGCGCUGGAGACUUUGUAGUCCUCAUGAUGAAUGCCAAGUCUGUGGAGCUCAACAUACUCAUAGACAUGUUUAAGAGUGGAGCAAUAUGUCGCGUUGAUGAAGUCUUCCUGCGAUGCGAAGACACUGCAGAGUCCAAGACGACGAUGAUGGGAAACUGCUCCUCCCUUUUUGCAAGUCUGAGGAAGAGUGGCGUCUAUGCCCAUCAGUGGUUUGGAGAGUGA